CUGUUUCGCAGCUGCUUCUCUUAUCUUCCCCUUCCUCUGGUCUUUGCCUUAAACCCUAGCAAUCUGAUAGUAACAUUGAUUUUUUUAUCAUCAAUGGGAGAUUCACCUUUCUGAGAGCUCAACCCAUCUCUCUCUCCACCCAAAAAGAGUUCGUUCUUUUCUCUUCUCUUUAACCCGAAAACAUGUACUGUAACUUGACAAGAACCCAAGGGUUUCCAAUUGCGAUUAGGGUCUCCUUACAACAAACCAAAGCUAAAAGCUGUUUCCAUCUCUCAAAGUCUUCGUCUUUACCAGUUACGUUUCACUUAAACCCCAAAGGAAGCGCCUUUGCAGAUGUCUCGUGCGGAGGUAAGAGCCAAAGGAGUCUUUUAGUUAGUUCUCGCCUUAGUAUGUUAGGGAAGCUUGAAAGUGUUAGAGACUAUUCCAGCUUUGAUUCUCAGAGAUUUGGCAAACGAAGUGGCGGUAGAGGAAGAUCUGGAUUAGUAUCAAAAGCUUUUAGAGAGAAGAGAAGUGACGUGAACGGCCGUGGAGAUUCCAUCUGGGUGAAGUCUGAUGAUAGAGCUAAUAAUGGAUCAUCAUCUUGGGAGAAGAAACGAGAUGGCAGAGGAAGAAACGAUUCGUUUUCUACUGAUAGGAGAAGUAGGUUCGGUAAUGAAACAAGAAAGCGAGAUUCUUUUCGUUCUAGGAGAGAUGAAGAGAGCGAGAAAGCUAGUGGAAACUCCAUUUGGGUUGCUAAUGACAACAAACCGGUGAAAGAGGAGAGUCCGAGAGCUAACCGUUCAUCUUGGGAGAAACAAGAUGAGACAGUGAGUUAUGCUCAAGAAGAAGAUGAUGAAGAAGGGGGAACAGAGCAGAUUGAAGAAGAGCCAAACGAUGCUAGGUGGCCUGAGAUCAAGAAUAGGUUCAAUAGGUAUGAUGUAAGGAGAGAUGAAGGGCGUGGCAACGCAGCGUACCAGAACUGGAACAGGCAAGAGAGCUGGGGAAGGAGGACGUGGCAAGAGGCGACAGAGUCAAGCGUGCCUAGGAUGGUCGGUGAAGUGGUUUAUGGAGUGAGUCCGGUCUUAGCUGCACUAUCCGCUGGGAGACGAGAGUUAUACGCUCUCUAUGUUCAAGAAGGUUUGGAUUUGAGCAGUAACAACAAGAAGAAGAAAGACAAGAAAGGUUUCGAGAGAGUCUUGAAACUCUCUGAGAAGCUUGGGUUAGACAUCAAGGAGACUUCGAAGCAUGAUCUCAACAUGGUUGCUGAUAACAGACCUCAUCAAGGACUGGUGCUGGAUGCUUCACCUUUGGAGCUGGUCAAAGUGAAAGAGCUAGAUAAGGUUUCAUCAGAGGAAGAAGAGAAGUACUCUCUUUGGGUAGCUUUAGAUGAGGUCACUGAUCCGCAGAACUUGGGGGCGAUCGUAAGGUCUGCUUACUUCUUUGGAGCCACUGGUGUUGUUGUAUGCGCUAAAAACUCAGCUCCGUUGAGUGCGGUGGUGAGUAAAGCAAGCGCUGGAUCGCUUGAAGUGAUGGAGCUUAGGUACUGCAAAAACAUGAUGCAGUUCUUGGAAGCUUCUGCUGAGAACGGUUGGCGUGUGGUUGGUGGUUCUGUUUCUCACAAGGCUGUUGCUUUGAGCGAGGUUUCACCCGGUAGGCCGACGAUUCUUGUGCUGGGGAAUGAAGGGACUGGUUUGAGGCCAUUGGUGGAGAGAUCAUGUACUGAUUUAGUUCGGAUUAGCGGGAAUAUAGCUAGCGAUGUUCCAGUUGCUACAGAGGCUGAAGAUGGUGGGGAAGUGGAAGGAUUCAGAUCUUUCUUAGCUGUGGAGAGCUUGAACGUGAGUGUUGCAGCUGGUUUGUUUCUUCAUCACUUGAUAGGAAACAAAGCAAGUGUUUGAUUCUGUGGUGUGCGUUCUUCUAAACAAUUUCACUUUUACAGCAAACUUGGUUGUUGUUUAGGAAAAUUCAGUUGUUAUUGGUUGGCUUUCCGAUCAUUUCCUGGUUGCUUUACAUCCGAAAAGCUAUUUUAUUA